CGGGGGCUGGGCCGCAGGAGCCGCUCUCCGGGCUGCCGGGAGGCUCCGCUGAGAGUCCCCGGGCGGCCCCUCCCCUCCCCCCCCCCGGCGGCCCGAAGCCGCGCGGGGCCCGGGCCAUGUGUCGAGCGCGGCUCCGCCUCCCGCCGGUCCUGUGAGGCGGCGGCCGGGGGGAACGCAGAGAGAGCCAGCCAGGCGCCUAUCUGGGCCGUACCGUGCUGGUGGCUGGUGCACUGGCCUGCGCCAUGGCCGGGCCUUUUUCUCUAGUCGGGACCAUCCGGAUGGGGCCUUAGGGCCCCGCCCCGUCUAGCCUGGCCCGGCCUGCGCGAGCCCCGCAAGCUCUGCAGGCUUGCUAGCGGGCAGACCCCAGUCCCACGUCCUGCUACCCACCUACGAAGGAUCCGGGGAUGGGCAGCGCCACCCGGCCCGCUCCAGAGUCAGCAUGGGCCCAAGUUGUCACUAGGAGUCCUGACUCUGGAGAGGCCUCCAAAUCUGGUCAGUACAAUUCCACCACCUAUCAGCUGCUGACCUAGAGUCUCCGUGAGGCCGGGUGACGCUCCAGAAUGGGAGACAAGCCAAUUUGGGAGCAGAUUGGAUCCAGCUUCAUUCAACAUUACUACCAGUUAUUUGAUAAUGAUAGAACCCAACUAGGCGCAAUUUACAUUGAUGCGUCAUGCCUUACGUGGGAAGGACAACAGUUCCAGGGGAAAGCUGCCAUUGUGGAGAAGUUGUCUAGCCUUCCGUUCCAGAAAAUCCAGCACAGCAUCACCGCGCAGGACCAUCAGCCCACUCCAGAUAGCUGCAUCAUCAGCAUGGUUGUGGGCCAGCUUAAGGCGGAUGAAGACCCCAUCAUGGGGUUCCACCAGAUGUUCCUAUUAAAGAACAUCAACGAUGCUUGGGUUUGCACCAAUGACAUGUUCAGGCUCGCCCUGCACAACUUCGGCUGACCUCCUCUCAACUAGGCACUCACGCUGUUUCCUCCUCCCUCCUCUUCCCAAUACUAUUCCCACUCCUCCAGAUGCUCCAAAUAUCAUGCACAAAUGAGCAGGGCCGCGGCGGGAGUGGGCGCAGUGCGCUGCUGCCACCGAGGUGUUGUGCAUGAUGUUUGGACGCUAGACUAGUUGCAUCUGAUGGGAGAAAUUUGUGUUGUACCAGCGCAUGCCUUGGAAAGACUUAAGUAAUGCAAAAGGUUGUCCUUUUUUUUUUUUAAUCUACUGACAAGUUGCUCUAGUAACCCAAAGAAGUGAAGGAGAAAGCAGCUGCCUCACCGCCCAGACAUUGAUUUGUUCAGAUGUUUCAAUGCCUCAUGAUACAAUAAAACCACAAAAAUUUUCUUAACAGUUUAAAUUGUUUUAAUUAGUUUACUAGUUGGCUGGGCAUCGAAAGCCACCCGGACCCAUUGUCUGUCUCAUGUCUCACCCUCCCACUUCUGCCCCAACUUUGAAUACCUGUUUCAGGGAGAAACUGCUGAAGCAGCACUCCCAGCUAGCCUCUCAGAAGCCCUGUAGGGCAGUUCUCUCCCACUCCGCAGGGCGACUGGUCUUGGGAAAGCAGGCAGGAAGAGCUCAGGUCCGACCUGAAGCUUCUCGCACUGAAGCCUGUGCAAUCAGUUCUGAUACCUCCUGUGACUUCUGCUCUGGUGAGGUUCAGGACUCUAGUAGCAGGAGAGAUGAUCCUGAAUCCUGUUGAAGCUGGAGAGGCCUUGGCAAAAUGGCCCAUCACGUUCAGGCCCUGUGGGCUAAGGUCUCAGCAGUAUCAAGGGAGGGGUCUGCUGUAUCCCCAGAAGGAUCAGGAUCAUACCCAGGGUGCCCCACAUACACCAAACCAGGCAGAGGGCAGCUCAGCUCCUGUCCCAUCUGCUUUGGAUAUCAUUACCCAAAGGCAGGUAAUCCGAAGAGCCAGCCUCCACUGCCCACAGAGCCAGGCCCAGUUGGGUUGGAGUAUAGGUCAAGAGCUGUGGAAGGAGGCAGUCUGUGAGGGACUCAUAAUUUAGGAGACCUCACCCCUUAGACCGCUGCAGGACAUUGCCAGGCCUCUCUCUAUUCCCUUCCUCAGCAUACAGACUUCAUGCUGUCUUCAAAUCCCAGGGAGUCUUAGCUAUUAGGGCAGUUUCUGCUUCUCCAUUUUGGGGACAAAGGCCUUGCCCAGUACAAACGUAGCCCCCCAUCCCACACUUCUGGAUGGCAUAAACCUAGGGGCAACGUAGCAACGAUAGGCUAGAACCAAACCCAAGAUUUGGGUCAGUGCCGUUAAGGGUUUUAGGAUUGGUAAGGACACCACAGCUAAAUCUGACGUGUAAAAGGAUACCCUUCCCCUGUCGCACUAUGGGUGGAGGCUAAGGACCUCAGAUCCCAUAAAUUGCCGGGUGACAUUGGGCACAGGGCUGGAUGGUGUGCUGUUUGAGAGGACAGCAUGCUCAGGAGAUGUCAGUGGGAAUGAUCUCUAGACUGAUGUGUAUUUGGGGAAGAAGGGGUGGGGAAGAGGUAGGUGCCUGCUGCCUCAAACCACCUUGUGUAAAAUCUGCAAUACAGCUUCUUCCAUGUACCUGUGCCUGAACUGUCUGCAAUAAAGAAGAAUUUGUAAA